CUGUUUGGCUUCCUUGUUAUCUUUGAUGAAAGAGUUUUUCUUGUUCUACACGUCAAAACUGUAAACCUUACCUUGAUUCAUUUUUCUCUCUGGUUCUUGACUAGGUAAGAUGAUCAGUCACUGUUAUUCUCAUCCUCAAUGCUGAAGAGACACUAGAUUUAAAAAAAAAGAAAGAAAAGAGAGAUGGUCCUAUAGUUCAGACACAAACAAUCUGAACUGUUAGUUUGAUUGCCUUGUCUCCAUGGGACUACGCAUUGACAAAUCCGUGGCUAUAACGGUACUGAUUGUAGCCACUCUGAUGGUUCAAGUGAGAUGCCAAAGGCCUCAAGUGAUAAACCUCGGUGCUGUUUUCACUUUUGAUUCCGUUAUCGGAAGAGCUGCAAAAGUCGCUCUCGAGGCAGCUGUCUCUGAUGUGAACGCUGACACAAGCCUUCUCCAAGAAACAGAGCUACGUCUUUUUGUGGAGGACUCUUCUUGCAAUGUCUUUCAUGGAUCCUUCGCAGCGUUUGAAGUGCUUGGGAAAGAAGUGGUGGCUAUCAUCGGUCCUAUCUCAUCGUCCAUCGCUCAUACAUUAUCAGACAUUGCAAAAGGGCUCAAGUUCCCCCUCGUCUCAUUCGCAGCAACUGAUCCAACACUCUCCGCCCUCCAGUUCCCCUUCUUUCUCCGGACCACACCUGAUGACGCCCACCAAAUGUCCGCCCUUGUGGACCUCAUCGAUUUCCACGGAUGGAAAGAGGUGAUAUCUGUUUACUCAGAUGACGAGCUCGGAAGAAACGGAGUUUCUGCUCUUGAUGAUGAGCUUGACAAGAAAAGAUUCAGGAUCUCCUAUAAAGUGCCGCUCUCGCUACACUCUGAUGACAAAUCCGCUACUGAUGCUCUGAACAAAUCCAAGUCCCUUGGUCCUAGAGUCUAUAUCCUUCAUUUUGGUCCUGACCCUUUGCUCAGAAUCUUUACCAUAGCGCAGAAGCUGAAGAUGAUGACACGUGAGUACGUGUGGCUCGCCACAGACUGGCUCUCAGUUACCUUAGAUUCCUCUUUGAGUGGGGAAGAUACUUUUAAACGUCUUGAAGGAGUAGUGGGGCUUCGUCAAUACAUACCAGAAUCCAUAAAGAUGCGCCAACUAAAGAGGAACAGGUCAAUGAAUGCCUACGCGUUCCAUGCAUAUGAUACGGUGUGGAUGAUUGCAUACGGCAUCGAGAAAAUGCUGAAUGAGGGAGUCAACAUAACAUUCUCUCACUCCAAGAAGUUAACUCACGCACAAGGACAUAAACUUCACCUGGAGAAAGUCAAAAUAUUCAACAGAGGGGAGGUACUACUUGAGAAGCUUCUGAAGGUUAACUUCACCGGUUUGGCCGGUCAAGUUCGGUUUGGUUCUUCUGGUCGAAAUGUCACUGGCUGUGACUACGAAAUCAUCAAUGUGGACAGAACAGGCGUUCACACUGUGGGUUUCUGGUCGAAAAAUGGUGGUUUUUCAGUUGGUAACAUAACAUGGCCUGGUGGUGGCAGUGAAAAGCCACGUGGAUGGGUUAUUGAUUCCGCAAAUCCACUGAAGAUUGUUGUCCCUAAAAGAGUUAGUUUUGUCGAGUUUGUGACUGAAGACAGGAACACUAGUACCCAUCAUAUCAAAGGCUUAUGUAUUGACAUCUUCAUUGAAGCAUUGAAGUUACUCCCUUACAAUGUUCCUUACAAGUUUGAGUCAUUUGGGGAUGGCCAUUCAAGUCCUAAUUACAGCAAGAUUAUUCAAAUGGUAUCGGAUGGCAGUAACUUUCAGGUAUACGAUGCAGCAGUUGGGGAUAUUACAAUAGUCCCAACCCGGUCCAAACUAGUAGAUUUCUCGCAGCCAUAUGCUUCCACAGGCCUUGUGGUGGUGAUUCCAAACGUCUACGAUGGGACUUGGAUCUUUCUGAGACCCUUCACCACUCAGCUAUGGUGCGUUGUUCUAGCUUCAUUUCUCUGUAUUGGCGUUGUCAUUUGGAUCCUCGAACAUCGCGUCAAUGAAGAUUUCAGAGGGCCACCACGAAGACAAAUCAUCACGAUGAUCUUUUUCAGCUUUUCCACUCUCUUUAAGAGAAAUCAUGAAGAUACGAUAAGCAAUCUAGCGAGACUAGUGAUGAUUUUUUGGCUCUUCCUAUUGAUGGUUCUAAUCGCGAGCUACAAAGCGGAAGUCAGCUCAAUCCUCACAGUUCAACAGCUUCCCUCUGCCAUUACCGGCAUCGACAGCUUGCGAGCAAGUGAGUUGCCUAUCGGUUACCAGUCUGGGACGUUCACUUUCGAGUACUUAACCUACAGUCUUGGCAUGGCUCGGUCUAGACUGGUCCCACUUGACUCGAUUGAGGAGUAUGAAAGGGCUCUAAAGCUAGGGCCAAACGCUUUGGGAGGCGUAGCUGCUAUUGUUGACGAGCUCCCUUACAUUGAACUGUUCUUAGCGGAACGGACUGGUUUCAAAAUUGUCGGAGAGCCGUUUAUGAACCGCGGUUGGGGAUUUGCGUUUAAGAGAGAUUCUCCACUGGCUAUAGACAUGUCAACAGCGAUCUUGAAUCUCACUGAGACGAGAAAGCAGAAAAGGAUUCUGAAGAAAUGGCUAUGCAAGAAGAGCUGCGGAGAGAAGUCAGAUUGGAACCAACCAGAGCCAAACCAGUUUCAUCUCAAGAGCUUCGAAGGGUUGUACCUUUUCUGCGUUGCGAUCACUGUCUCUGCGUUCUUGGUGUUUGUUCUCAGGAUGAUACGCCAGUUCGUGCGGUACAGAAGGAGUGAGAGGACAAGCUUGACGCCACGAGCUUCUUUGUCGUCUUCUCCUACGACGACGCGUUUAUGGGGAUUUAUGUUGGGUUUCGUGGAGUUUGUGGAUGAGAAAGAAGAGGCCACUAGGAGUGAUGAUGACUCUAACAACAACCCAUCUCAAGUUGUGGAACUUCAAGGUGAUUCUGAGGUACGAUAAAGUUGAUGAGUAGACUCCACUUUGUAGAAAGGCAAGUUGUAUUGUAAUUACAUAUGAGCUAACAUGUAAGCAAGAUCACAAAAAAAAAGAUCAAUGAAAUAAAACACACAU